CAGAAAUUCACGGCCCCCAUCACCACCACUAUAAAUCCCACUCUUUCACGCAGCUCCCCAAUCUCACGCGCAAAACCCUAGAUUCCAUCAAACCAACCCACCAUCCAUUCAAUUCAUCCUCUCUCCCAGUCUCCCUCACAUAAUUGACUAAUUCCAUCCAUCUCUCAAUGCCGUCCAAAAGGAAAGCAAACCGAUCUCCGGCUUCGUCUUCCGCCGAUAAGAAGAAGCCGAAGCUGCCGCCACCAGAAGAAGCCGUGUCCGGCACUGAAAUUGAGACCGAAAUUGAAGAGACAAAGCUUAAGUCCAGAGCGCGUGUCGAAAAGAUCAAGCAAGCCUCUCCUGCUCCUUCCCCUACCAAUGCCGAUGACGAAGAUGCCGAGAUCUCCGAUGCCAAAUUUCUUGGUGAGCCCAUUGAGGCGGAGGAGGCUCGCCGGAGAUGGCCUCUGCGAUACAUUAAGCCACCGACUCAGAUUGCUAAACCAUUGAAGAAGAAAAAGUCAGACGAUGAUGAAGAAGAGUUAAUUGUGGCAAGGCGACACUAUGCACGGGCUGAGGUUGAUGGUAUUAUUUAUGAGUUGAAUGAUGAUGCCCAUGUAAAAGGUGUUAAAGGGGAAAAGCCUUACAUCUGCAAGAUCACCGAGUUUUUUGAGGGAGUUGAUGAUUUACUAUAUUUCACUGCUCAGUGGUUCUAUAGAGCAAAUGAUACUGUCAUUGGGGACAAAAUUGAACUUGAUUCUAGGCGGAUAUAUUACUCGGAAGUCACAAAUUGUAAUUACUUGGAAUGCCUUCUCGAAAAGCUGGAGAUUGCCAGAUUCGGUCUAGAUGCUGACCCUGAUGUAAGGUGUAAGCUGAUUGAGAACUGCACAUAUUUUUGCGACACAAAGUACAUGUUGCCUUAUUCUAGCUUCAUCAAUUUCCCACCUGAAAAUACUCUGGCUGAAAGUGAGAACUCAUCAACUAUUUCUAGUGAGAUUGAAAAUAAUAGUGUUCUUGCGGAUAACUCAGAACAUGGAGGAACUUCCACAAUUGUGGAGCAAGGCAAACCUGAAGUAACUCUUCUUGAUUUGUACUCUGGUUGUGGAGGGAUGUCCACAGGGCUCUGCCUUGGGGCAAAUCUGGCAGACUUAAACCUUGUUACAAGAUGGGCAGUGGAUAUGAAUCCACAUGCUCUUAAAAGUCUGAAGAAAAAUCAUACAGAAACCGAGGUUCGAGAAGAAUGCGCUGAAGAUUUUCUGACAUUGCUGAAAAUGUGGAGGACUAUUUGCGUACAUUUUAAAGUGGUUAAACCUGAUGGUUCAGAAGCACAUUUUAAUCUAUUUACAAAAAAGGACGUUAAGGAAGAAGAUGGAGAAGAAGAAGCAGAGGAUGAGGAUGUGGAGGCGAAUGAUGAUAAUGAUGCUGAAGCUUUUGAAGUUGAAAAAAUACUCAGCAUACGUUAUGGAAAACCCGUUAAUCGAGAGGAGAAGGAAUUGUUGUUUAAGGUUCAAUGGAAAGGAUACGGCCCUGAGUAUGAUACAUGGGAGCCCCUGGAUUUACUAACGGGUUGUGAAGAGAGCAUACAAGAAUUUGUUUCUCAUGUGUACCACUCCAAGCUAUUGCCGCAGCCUGGUGAUGUGGAUGUUGUAUGUGGUGGUCCUCCUUGCCAAGGAAUUAGUGGUUAUAAUAGGUUUAGGAACUACAAAAAUCCAUUAGAUGAUGACAAGAACCAGCAAUUGAUGGUUUUCAUGGAUAUAGUAGAUUAUCUUAAGCCAAAAUAUGUUUUAAUGGAAAAUGUGGUGGACCUCUUAAAAUUUUCUGAUGGGUUCUUGGGUCGUUAUGCGCUGGGUAGGCUAGUUGGAUUAAACUACCAAGCUAGGAUGGGCAUGAUGUCCGCAGGUGCAUAUGGUUUACCUCAGUUCCGAAUGAGGGUUUUCCUAUGGGGUGCCCUACCCACAGAGAUGUUGCCUCAAUUCCCACUGCCGACUCAUGAUGUAGUAUUUAAGGGCCAGAUACCUACUAAAUGGGAGCAAAGCACUGUUGCUUACAGUGAAGGCCACAAUCAUCCAUUGAGAAAAAAACUUUUGUUAGAGGAUGCUCUUACAGAUCUUCCUGAGGUUGAAAAUGAUCAACCCCUUGAUGAAAUGCCUUAUGGAAAGCCACCCCAAACAGACUUUCAGAGAUUCAUUCGGCUCAGUAAAGAUGGUCUACUGGAGAAUUUGAAGUUUAACUUAUCAAAGUCAAAUGAGAUUCUUUAUGAUCACCGCCCCUUGAAUCUGAAUGUUGAUGAUCAUGAACGUGUGUGCUUUGUCCCCAAGGAAAAGGGUGCAUGCUUCAGGAAUCUACCUGGGGUUCUUGUUGGCGAUGAUAAUAAAGUCUAUUGGGAUCCUAACGUGGAGAGAGUAAAAUUAAAAUCUGGGAAACCCUUGGUCCCGAAUUAUGCAAUGACUUUUGUCAGCGGAUCUUCAUCAAAACCUUUUGGACGAUUAUGGUGGGAUGAAAUUGUCUCCACAGUUGUUACACGUGCAGAACCCCAUAAUCAGAGUAUUAUGCAUCCAAUUCAAGAUCGGGUUUUGACAAUUCGUGAGAAUGCAAGACUUCAAGGAUUUCCUGACUAUUACCAGUUUUCUGGUCCGAUCAAACAAAGAUACAUGCAAGUUGGAAAUGCUGUCGCCGUUCCUGUUUCACGCGCAUUGGGUUACGCAUUAGGUCUUGCUUUUAGGGGUUUAGCUGAUGGCAAUCCUCUUUUCGAGCUACCGAAAGACAUGCACUUACCAGAUGGAUGUUUAGAAGAUGGUGAUUAUGUUGGAGACUUAGAGUAGCCUUUAGUUCUUAGAUUCUUUGUAUACUCUUAUUUCAUGGAGAUUUGAUUUAGUUCACUUAGACUUUAAAAACUCAUUUGUUUCACUAUUGUUAUUUGGUGUGGUUCUUUGUAUGUAUAAACUCAUUUGUUUUACUAUUCU